GUUUUUAAUUAUUCGCACAAGCCGCACGUGUGAUUCUCAUGAAAAAACAAAAAAAGUACAAAUAACAUUUAAUUAUUAUUCAGCUUUGGCCCGCCGCUGUGGAGCUUGCGGCAUCUUUUAACCCUUACUCAUCAAAACCACAUUGUUCUAUCCUCUAAACCGUCCGAUCUAACGCCACGUCACCUAUCCUCGUCAAAUUAAAUUUCAACGGUUCAGAUCUAAUCUCAAAGACGGUACUGCUUCAGCUCAAUAGUCGAACCUUCUAACCCUUCUCUCUUCCUCUAAAAAUUCUCCAGGAAAAUCGAAAACUUUUCUCGGGAAAAUCUUUAAACUUUUUGCUUUUCGAAGAAACAUGACUGGUGUUAAUGAUGAUGAUGAUAAGAACUUCAAAGAAGAACCAGAGAUUCAAGUUUUAAGCGACGACGAUAGUGAUGAAGAACAAGUUAAAGACGUAGGUGAAGAAGUUAGCGACGAAGACGAUGAUGAUGGAAGUGAAGGAGAUGAUGAUGAUGAUGAGGAAGAAGAAGAAGAUGACGAUGACGAUGAUGAUGUUCAGGUUUUGCAGUCUUUAGGUGGUCCUCCUGUACAAUCAGCGGAAGAUGAAGAUGAAGAAGGUGAUGAAGAUGGGAACGGUGAUGACGAUGAUGAUGAUGGAGAUGAUGAUGAUGACGACGAUGAUGAUGAGGAUGAGGAUGUUGAAGAUGAGGGGGAUCUUGGGACAGAGUACUUAGUGAGGCCAGUUGGUAGAGCUGAAGAUGAGGAGGAUGCAAGUGAUUUUGAGCCGGAAGAGAAUGGUGUGGAAGAGGAUAUAGACGAAGGAGAAGACGAUGAGAAUGAUAACUCGGGUGGUGCUGGGAAGUCAGAGGCUCCGCCGAAGAGGAAGAGAGCUCCUGAAGAAGAUGAAGAGGAUAGUGGUGAUGAAGAUGAUGACAGACCUCCAAAGAGGUAGUUUUUGGAUCUGACAACAACACAAUGAGACCAGAGAGCUUUUUAUGUUUUUUUUUCUAAAAAAAAUUUGGUGUUGUGAGAUUUGAAUCAUUGGUUGGGGUUUAUGUAAGUUUAUUAUGGAGCAACUAAGUAGUAGUUUUAAGUUUAAGUAGGGGCUCUUUUUUUUUUAUGCAUUGCUAUUUCUUUUUUUUUUUCUUUGUAGUGAGUCAAUAACCAAUGAAAGUUUCUCCAACAAUUUACCUAGCUUUCUAAGUUAUUCUGUAUCUUUUCAAUUUUAGAUUAUAGUUCUAAACUCUAG